AUGCCUGCGGUAAUGGCCGGUCCGGUCACUUUCGCCCCGCCGGAGGGCAAAUCCAGCAAAAUGGCUAUCAUCAUAGCCGGAUUCGCCGCUUUUGGCGGCUUUCUCUAUGGGUACGAUACGGGCUACAUCGCCGGAGUUAAAGCAAUGCCAUUCUGGUUACGCUCUGCUGGACAGCUUGGACCAGAUGGUAAAUACAUGAUUACCACCGGCCAAGAUUCCCUGGUUACCAGUAUCCUAUCAGUUGGAACUUUCGUUGGUGCACUGUUGGCUUAUCCCAUCGGAGAUAGGUAUGGACGAAAAAUAGGUAUCAUGAUCGCAUGCGCGAUUUUCUCUAUCGGUGUCGCCUUGCAAACUGCAUCAACCACCAUACCGUUAUUCGUCGUUGGGAGGGUAUUCGCCGGUCUGGGAGUUGGUGUUGCAUCUUGUCUGGUGCCAAUGUAUCAAUCGGAAUGUGCACCAAAAUGGAUUCGCGGGGGUGUUGUUGCAUGUUAUCAAUGGGCGAUCACUAUCGGCUUACUAGUGGCUUCAGUAACGGUCAACGCGACGAAAGACUUCGAUAGUGCCAACUCCUACCGCAUUCCUAUUGGUAUCCAGUUUGUUUGGGCAGCAAUCCUCGUGAUUGGUUUGGCCAUAUUGCCAGAAUCUCCACGAUAUUUACUUCUCAAGGGGAGAGAAGAUGAAGCCUGGAAGUCCCUGAGUCGACUGUAUAGUGCUCCCUAUGAUGACCCAGAUGUGCAAGCGGAAUUCUCAGAAAUUAUGGCCAGCUUGGAAAAAGAGCGAUCUUUCGGAAAGACGACCUUGCUCGACUGUUUCAAAACAGAUAAGAGAAAAAACCUGCAAAGGACGUUGACUGGACUGGGGGUUCAAGGCUGGCAACAAGCGUCGGGUAUCAACUUUUUUUUUUAUUAUGGUACUACCUUCUUCAAGAAUUCAGGGAUCAAAGACGCCUUCCUGGUGACAGUCGCAACCAACGUAGUGAACGUUGUGGCUACCAUCCCAGGAAUUUGGGCAGUGGACAAAGUUGGUCGUAGAACAAUGUUGAUCGCUGGAGCGGCGAUGAUGUUUGCUUGCGAAUUCAUUGUUGCUUGUGUCGGAACGUUUACCUCGGCUAACAACAUGGCCUCCCAGAAAGUUCUUGUAGCUUUCUCUUGCAUCUUCAUCGGAAUUUUUGCCGCAACCUGGGGUCCCGUCCCCUGGGUCGUUACGAGUGAAAUCUACCCACUUGCUACUCGUGGCAAACAGAUGGCGAUGUCAACCGCCUCCAACUGGGCAGUUAACUUUUUCAUCGGGUUCAUCACUCCUUACUUAGUUGACACAGGAGCUGGUCAGGCUGGCCUCGGCGUCAAAGUUUUUUGGCUUUGGGCCGCUUUGUGUUUUGCAGCUCUGCUGUUUUCAUUCUUCUUUAUCCCCGAGACCAAGGGUCUCUCACUCGAGCAAGUUGAUCUCCUGUACACCAACUCGACUGUUCUCAAGAGUAACUCUUACAGGCUUCAGUUGAUCGCAAACAACCUCCACGAGGGUAUGACGCCUGCAGAAAAGGCCUACCAAGAGAAGCUGGAGCAUAUUUGA